CUGUGCGCAUCCGCUGCCCGUUUCCCCCUGGUCUCGGCAAGGCGAGAGCGAAGACUGACGCCGCAGCUGCCGGCGAGGCGAAGACCAUGGAGCGGCAGCAUCCGGCGGUGCCCUUGCUCCCCGUCCUCCUCCUCCUCGCGCUGCUCUCGCCGGACGCCCGCGGCUCGGAGUCGCCGCAGUACGCGACGGUGCACGCGGAGUCGGACUUCGAGGUGCGGCACUACCGCGACACCGUCUGGAUGUCCGCCCCCUCCGACGACACCUCUUUCCACGUCGCCACCAAGCUCGGCUUCCACAGGUUGUUCCAAUACCUGAUGGGCGCAAACCUCAACUCUUCCAGGAUCAGAAUGACGACCCCUAUCCUAACAAGCAUCGUCCCAGGCGCGGGGCCUCUCCACUCUUCGGCCUACUUUGUCCGGCUCUACUUGCCAUUAGAGUUCCAAGCUUCCCCUCCUGUCCCUCUCCCGGAGCUGAACCUACAUCCAGAUAGGUGGCCAGGCCACUGCGUCGCCGUCAGGAGCUUCUCAGGCUACGCACGCGACCACAAUGUCGUCGAGGAAGCUGAGAAACUCGCCUUGAGCUUGAGCCGGUCACCGUGGGGGAACUCCACGAAUCACCCUAGCAAGAACGCCUACUCCAUCGCACAGUACAACAGCCCCUUCCGCAUCGUCGGCCGUGUCAACGAGGUGUGGUUCGACGUCGACUGCAGAUCUGCUGGUGUGGAGGCUUAUUAAAAAAUGCUCUAUGCAGUAUGCCAUCACCAUAAAACCAAGCGAAAUGCGGCACCGUGUAAGCUGUGUAGCUUUGUAUAUACUAGGGGUUGGGACGCCACCCGGUGACGUCUCCUAAGUGAAAGCUGGGCGGUGCUAGGUUGGUAGCCGCCCAUGCCAAUUGCUUUUUUGCUAUCUUGUUAACACAUGGACAUGACAUGAAAGUAA